AUGAAGCUUCCACGAGCGGGGAGACGACUGCAGUCUCCUCUGUUCCUAGUCCUCUUCGCCGCCCUCGUCUUCGCGACAACAGUCGAGGCCUCGUACGGCGACCGUCUGCCAGAGUUCAGAGAAUGCGUCCAAGUCUGCCACAAUGAGAACUGCGCUCCUGACAAAGAAGCAACACCAAUCCCCCUCCACCGCCGCCUCCUCCUCUGGUCCUGUACCUCCGAAUGCGACUAUACCUGCCAGCACAUAAUCACGAAGAAGCGCGUCACCGCCGGCGACCGCGUCGUCCAGUUCCACGGCAAAUGGCCCUUCCACCGCGUCCUCGGCUGCCAGGAGCCCUUCAGCACAAUCUUUAGCCUGGGCAACCUCUGGGCGCACUACGACGGCCUGCGCAAGUUCCGCGCCGCCGUCCCGGCCUCGUACCCGCUCAUGCCGUGGUAUACCUGGCUCGCCGGCGUGGGCGUCGCAUCGUGGACCUUCAGCGCCAUCUUCCACACGCGCGACUUCGCCGCCACGGAGCAGCUCGACUACUUCGCCGCCGGCGCCAACGUGCUGUAUGGGCUGUACUAUACUGUGGUACGCAUCAUGCGCCUCGAUCGCCCGACCCCGCGCCGCAGGUCCGUCCUCAGGGCUUGGACGCUGCUAUGCGUGGUGCUGUACGCGGGGCACGUCGCGUACUUGAAGGGUGUGCGGUGGGAUUACACGUAUAACAUGGCCGCCAACGUCGUUGUCGGGGUCAUCCAAAACCUGCUGUGGUUGUGGUUCAGUUACAAAAAGUACCGGCAGACGCGCAGGGUGUGGGCCAUCUGGCCCAGUAUUGUCGUGGCUUGCAUUGUGACCGUCAUGAGUCUCGAGCUUUUUGACUUCCCGCCUCUGUGGGGCGCUCUUGACGCGCACAGCCUCUGGCAUCUGGGCACGAUCCCUCCGACGAUACUGAUGUACAGGUUCCUGAUUAAGGAUGCUCAGGACGAUAUGGCUGGAAGCGAGAGACUCAAAUCUUGA